AUGGAGGCGCUCGCCGCGUACGGAUCGGAGAGCGACGAGGAGCGGCGGCUCAGCGACGAGGAGAGCGAGGACGAGGUACCUCGGCACGAUGCGUUCGGUCUGGAGAGUACGGAAGGCCGUGCGCCGCGCGAGGCGGCGUCCGCGCUCGUGGUCCGGGACGUGGCGCCGGCUGUAGAGGAGGAGGAAGCGGCGCCCGCCGCGCCCGCGGCCGACCCCAACGUGCGCCAGACGCGCACGGGUGCGGUGGAAGAGACGACCAUGUCCGACUUUGACUUUCGCAACCAGCAGCGCACGUUUGAGAUGAUGGGGUACGCGCGCAAUCCGAGCACGUUUGCCGCCGCGUCGCAAGGCGCGCAUGCGUUUGUCGGCGACCGCCAUGCGGCGCAGGAGAUGGGCGGUGCAACGAUGGCCGAGCUGCGUGGUGGCAAUGCCGAGACGCGGCGCGCGGCGCGUGCGCUCAAGAAGCGCCGCAAGGCGAACGGCGACGCGUCGAUUGUCGACGGCGCCGGCGCGUACCAAGGCCCGUGGGCGGCGUGGGAAGAGGAGCACGUCGUUGCGCUGCCCAAAGGGCAGCUCGGUCCGACCAAGGAGGAGAUCACUGCGGCCGAGACGGGGGCCGUGCAGCGCCAGCAAGAGCACAAGAAGCUCGAGCGCCGCCGCGAGAUCGACGAGAUGCGCGGCACGGAAAAGAGCAUCUUUCACGGAGAGUCGAUGUACGACUACCAGGGGCGGACGUACAUGCACAUCCCCACCGAUGCCGGCACGAACCUGCGUGGCGAGCCCGGCUCGCAGCAGUGCUUUAUACCCCAGACCUGCAUCCAUACGUUUACCGGGCAUACCAAGGCGGUGCACGCGGUGCGCCUCUUUCCCCAGAGUGGACAUCUCGUGCUGAGUGGCAGUAUGGAUACAAAGGUGAAGCUGUGGGACGUGUACCACCAAGGCAACUGCCUGCGCACUUUUCUCGGCCACGCAAAAGGCGUGCGCGACGUGCGUUUCAACAACGACGGCAGCCAGUUUUUGUCGUCUGGCUACGACAACAUGAUCAAGCUGUGGGACACCGAGACGGGUGCCUGUCUGCAAACCUACCCCCUGGACGGCGUCGGGAACUGUGUCGUCUUCUACCCGGAGCAGGACGACAUUUUUCUCACCGGCACGAGCGACAAAAAGAUUCUGCAGUACGACCUGCGCAGCAAGGAGCUCGUGCAAGAGUACAACCAGCAUCAAGGCGCGGUCAACACGAUCACGUUUGUCGACGAGAACCGGCGCUUCCUCUCGACGUCGGACGACAAGUCGAUGCGCGCGUGGGACUUUGACAUUCCGGUGGUGACCAAGUACAUUGCCGACCCCCACAUGCACUCGAUCCCGUCGGUGGCGCUGCAUCCCGACGAAAAGUGGCUCGCGUGCCAGUCGAUGGACAACCAGAUUCUCGUGUACAACGCAGACACGUACAAGCAGAGCCAGCGCCGCGCCUUUAAAGGGCACAGCGUCGCGGGCUUUGCGUGCCAGGUCGCCUUCAGCCCCGACGGCCGCUUCCUUUCGUCGGGCGACAGCCAGGGCAACCUCGUGUUUUGGGACUGGAAGACGGGCGGGCUGAUCAAGCGGCUCCCGGCGCACAAGGACGCAAUGAUGUCCCACGCCUGGCUGCCGCACGAGACGUCCAAGGUGAUUACCGGCGCCUGGGACGGCCUGCUGAAGCUCUGGACAUAG